UCGGUUCAAGCAUUUUGACAGGUCUGUGACAAAGCAAGAAUUCACAAAUCACAAAUAAUUUUCUAUUAAAAAAAUCUAUUUCUUGUUAAUUCUUUGUUAAAUAAAUUCCUAAAAAUGCCGGACUACUUGGGAAGCGAUCAACGAAAAGUCAAAGGUGAAGAAAAAGAAGAGAAAGAAAUUAAAUCCCUCGACGAAGGUGACAUCGCUCUGUUGAAAACCUACGGUCAGAGCCAGUACCACAAAGCAAUCAAAUCAAUCGAGGAAGACAUUCACAAAGCCAUUAAACAGGUCAAUGAGUUGACUGGAAUAAAAGAAAGCGACACUGGUCUUGCUCCUCCCGCUCUAUGGGAUUUGGCUGCUGAUAAGCAAACCUUACAGAAUGAGCAGCCCCUGCAGGUGGCUCGCUGCACCAAAAUCAUCAAUGCCGAUUCCGAUGACCCUAAGUACAUUAUCAAUGUCAAGCAGUUCGCUAAGUUUGUCGUUGACCUGGCGGAUUCUGUCGCCCCUACAGAUAUCGAGGAAGGAAUGCGUGUUGGCGUGGAUCGCAACAAGUACCAGAUACACAUUCCACUUCCUCCCAAAAUCGAUCCCACCGUCACUAUGAUGCAAGUCGAGGACAAACCCGAUGUAACCUACAGCGAUGUCGGUGGAUGCAAGGAACAAAUAGAGAAGCUCAGAGAGGUCGUCGAGACACCACUGUUGCAUCCCGAGAAGUUCGUCAAUCUGGGUAUUGAACCUCCAAAGGGUGUUCUACUCUUCGGACCUCCUGGCACAGGAAAGACCCUAUGCGCCCGUGCGGUGGCGAAUCGUACCGAUGCGUGCUUCAUCCGUGUCAUUGGUUCCGAGCUUGUGCAGAAAUACGUAGGUGAAGGAGCCCGGAUGGUCCGAGAGCUCUUCGAAAUGGCCAGGUCCAAGAAAGCCUGUUUGAUAUUCUUCGAUGAAAUCGAUGCCAUCGGAGGAGCCCGUUUCGAUGAUGGAGCUGGCGGGGAUAACGAAGUCCAGAGAACCAUGUUGGAGUUGAUCAACCAGCUGGAUGGUUUCGAUCCGAGGGGUAACAUCAAGGUUCUGAUGGCAACCAACAGGCCAGACACUCUUGAUCCGGCACUCAUGCGUCCUGGUCGUUUGGACCGUAAAGUCGAGUUCGGCUUACCCGACUUGGAGGGUCGUACUCACAUUUUCAGAAUUCACGCUCGCUCCAUGUCGGUAGAGCGAGAUAUACGUUUCGAAUUGUUAGCUCGAUUGUGUCCCAAUUCAACUGGAGCUGAAAUUCGAUCCGUUUGCACUGAAGCCGGCAUGUUUGCCAUCCGAGCUCGUCGCAAGGUGGCAACGGAGAAGGAUUUCCUCGAAGCAGUCAACAAGGUCAUCAAGAGCUACGCCAAGUUCAGUGCUACUCCACGAUACAUGACCUACAAUUAAAACAUACAUUAUAUAAUUUUUAUAGCAUUUCAUUGAAAAAUAAAAUUUAAUUAAAGAGUC